AGUCCGUUGCGUCGUCGCAGAAACAGUGAAUUAAGUGUUGAGUGUCUCAGAGUCAUCAUGAGGGAAAUUGUGCAUCUGCAGGCCGGUCAGUGUGGAAACCAAAUUGGAGCCAAGUUCUGGGAGAUCAUCUCCGAGGAGCACGGGAUCGAUUCGUCUGGCAUUUACCAUGGCGACUCGGAUCUGCAGCUGGAGCGCGUGAGCGUGUACUACAAUGAGGCCUCAGCCGUCACGCGCUUGUCCGGUGGCAAGUACGUGCCGCGUGCCAUUCUGCUCGAUCUGGAGCCGGGCACGAUGGAGGCCGUGCGGUCGGGCGCGUACGGGAAGCUCUUCAGGCCGGACAACUUCGUGUUCGGUCAGUCUGGCGCCGGCAACAACUGGGCCAAGGGACACUACACCGAGGGCGCGGAGCUGGUGGACUCCGUGUUGGAUGUGGUGCGCAAGGAGUGCGAGAACUGCGACUGCCUGCAGGGAUUUCAGCUCACGCACUCGCUGGGCGGCGGCACGGGAUCGGGCAUGGGCACGCUGCUGAUCUCAAAAAUCAGGGAGGAGUAUCCCGACCGCAUCAUGAACACCUACUCAGUGGUGCCCUCUCCGAAGGUCUCGGACACCGUCGUGGAGCCCUACAACGCCACGCUGUCCAUCCACCAGCUCGUGGAGAACACGGACGAGACGUACUGCAUCGACAACGAGGCGCUGUAUGACAUCUGCUUCCGCACGCUGAAGGUGCCCAAUCCGAGCUACGGAGACCUCAACCACUUGGUGUCACUCACGAUGAGCGGCGUGACGACUUGCCUGCGCUUCCCGGGUCAGCUGAACGCCGACCUGAGGAAGUUGGCCGUGAACAUGGUGCCGUUCCCGCGUCUCCACUUCUUCAUGCCCGGCUUCGCGCCGCUCACGAGCCGCGGCAGCCAGCAAUACCGCGCACUCACGGUGCCUGAGCUCACGCAGCAGAUGUUCGAUGCCAAGAACAUGAUGGCCGCGUGCGAUCCGCGCCACGGGCGCUAUCUGACGGUGGCGGCCGUGUUCCGUGGACGCAUGAGCAUGAAGGAGGUGGACGAGCAGAUGCUGGCGGUGCAGAACAAGAACAGCAGCUACUUCGUGGAGUGGAUCCCGAACAACGUGAAGACCGCCGUGUGCGACAUCCCGCCGAAGGGUCUGAAGAUGUCGUCCACCUUCAUUGGCAACACCACGGCCAUCCAGGAGCUGUUCAAGCGCAUCUCCGAGCAGUUCUCCGCCAUGUUCAGGCGCAAGGCCUUCCUGCACUGGUACACGGGCGAGGGCAUGGACGAGAUGGAGUUCACGGAGGCCGAGAGCAACAUGAACGACCUGGUGUCUGAGUACCAGCAAUAUCAGGAGGCCACGGCCGAGGAUGAGUUCGAGCAGGACGAGGUGGCCGACGAGAUCGAAGGCGAAUGCGUCUAAGACGAGCAUUUUAUACUCCUAAUCGCUAACUUAUAGAUCCCCGCGCUAAUCUCUCUGUUGUCCCUCUAGUAUUUAUGCCAAUCGAGUCAUUAACAACUCAUCUCCAGGAUUUCGUGUGUGUGCGCCUAAUUUAAGGAGGAAGUGACAUGCGUCUAUCAUUAAUGUUUCUGCACAAUUCACGCUAUCAAUUGUCGCGAUGAGACAUCCAGCAUCACCCAAAGAUGAAUUUCGUUCGUGUUUUGACGUGUAAAGUAAAUUUUGCGAUGAAAAGCGCUCUGUAAUCGUCAUGAAGAGAAGAAAAAUAAAUUUUUUACAGACUUUCUAGACAAGCGGUUUGGAUAUUGGUCGAUUUGAUUUGUCACUCUAGGCUAGAGGGCCUAGAGUAA